AUGCUCAUCCUCAUGUUCACAGAGCGACAUGAUGCACUGUAUGUUGUUGGGUCUCUGGAUGAAACGCUAGAGCUGAGAGGCAUGCGGUACCACCCCAUCGACAUAGAAACCUCUGUGAUCCGCGCACACAGGAACAUUGCAGAAUGUGCUGUGUUCACCUGGACCAAUCUGCUGGUGGUGGUGGUGGAGCUGGACGGUCUGGAGCAGGAUGCCCUGGACCUGGUAGCACUGGUCACCAAUGUCGUGCUGGAGGAACACUACCUUGUAGUGGGUGUGGUGGUCAUCGUAGAUCCCGGGGUGAUCCCCAUCAACUCUCGGGGUGAGAAGCAGCGCAUGCACCUGCGCGACGGCUUCCUGGCUGACCAGCUGGACCCCAUCUAUGUGGCCUACAAUAUGUGAGUGUAGCUGGACAGAGCUGGGUGUACGAACCAGAAGAGGUAUAAGGAAAGAUGAGCUGCACUAUUGACACCCUGGGAGAAGGGAUUUCAGGCCUCACCAGUUCACCCCUGCGUGUGCUUUUCAGAUCCUCUGGACAGCGUUCUGACUGUCUUGUCAGAACACGUCUGAAUCAACUAAAGAAAUGUUCUGGGUCUGCCAAGUGUAUUUACCGAAACAUGGGUGACUGGGAAGGGAAGGAAGCCUGGUGUUGGCUGCGGAGAUUGCCAACACUAUGGCUGUUCCCCGCUCUACUGCGAGCUUGCACUUUCUUACCCUAAACAUAUUCCUGAUUUCUAAAUAUAUAAUUUCCUGAUUAUUUAUUCCCACUUGUACUAGCAAGCAUAUACGUAAAGUCUAUGCUGGAGAGAACUUUUGAGCCAAGCCUGCCUAGGAGGGCUGAGGAAAGGAGCAGCCCCCUCUCCAUGUCCACAGACUCCACUGAGCCACACAGCUUCCUUUUCCAGUGUGAUAACUGGAGCAGGUGUGCCUGGUUGUCUGCGUGUGUUGUCACUAAUGCUCAGUAAGUGCCAUUUGGACUACUUAGCUCUAUUUCAGAACGAUAAACCAGCAUUUAAUUUAAAAUCGCUUCCUAGCCUAUAACUUAGUGACAUUUAAAUUGCAAGUUCUCAUGACAUCACAAUAUUAAUUCUUCUCAUGAAGUAUAGUGAAUUAUUUUCAUGAACAGGUCUGGAAUCAUGAGUGGCAACCUAAGGUCUUACCCGUGUGCUAGCUGGGUCUCCUUCACACUUGAGUUGCCGUGGGAGCCUGACUGUCUAGGACGGACACCGCUGCAGCCUCUUGGCUUUGCAUUUGAGUUAUGUGCCUAUAACAUUUGGCCAAACCAUUUAGUUAUUUUAUCCAAACUUGAAAUCCAAGUGAUCUAAUAUUGUACUUACGUCAGAAAAGAGAAUGUAAAAUCCUUUAGAUACUUCUGAGAAUUUGAAGUCAAGCAUGAAUCUAAGAUUAUUUUUAUAUGACUAAUCAAAGACUAGUGUUAUCAAGUUGUUGGGAUUUGGGGACUUUCAAGGGUAGAGAAGUUUAUGACUCAUACCUGCUUCACAGAAACAGCUCGAUUUUUCUAGAGUUAGCCUGGACUUGUGCGUCAGUGAGUCUAGCUACCUGGUCCCCCUCUGCGUCUCCCUCUCGGAAAGCACCAUGUGCAGCAGCCUUCUUGCUCAUGGUGUCAAACUGUGGUGGAGUAUGUGGAAACAUACUGGAACUUUACUAAUCACGUUAUGAUCGUGUACAGAAUCCGUGUAACUUACGACUUGGCCAGAGCUUUAGCAGCAGCCUGAUGAAGGCUCACAGUGACGACCGGAACAGACCGCCCAUCUACGGUCUCAGUGUUGUAGUUUUAUAGUAAACAGCGCUUGGAAACUUUUUGUAUUAAAAACUCAGUGGCAGUAAGAACGUAUCUGGUAAGUUAAGAUUUUAAGAAUCGUAUUAAAAUGUUUUAAAGUUACUCUCUGGGAAUUCUGUAUAUCACACUAAUUUUUUAUAUCAUGUUAAUAAAAGCUAUUGACUUUGUAAUUCUGCAUUUUGAAAUGUGUGAAAGGGUUUUAAAUUUUUCCCCGAAUAGGAUGUAUUUUAUUAUGCAUUAUUUCUUUCAGAAAUACAAAAACAAUUAUGCAUAUAUAUAUAUCAUAUAAAAUCUGAAAAACACAUUAAAGCGUAAGAAAGGAAAUUUAAAAUCUACACUCCUACUGAUGAAGUAAUAGCAGUCUUGGUAUUGCCAUGAAUCUCAGGGAUUUUUAACCUUUAAUUUUUUUUUCUUUACAAAAUUAGGACCAUAUACUUAUUUUAUAAUCUGCUUUUGUACUUAAUAAAUUGCAGACUUUUGAAUCUG